GUGUGUGUGAGCGUGUGUGAAGGGAGCUUUUACAAAGCCCCGUCGCUCUAGGGAAAGAAGAAGAAAAAGAAGAAAAAAGAGGGAAGGCGUAUUUAUUUUAUUUAGAGGGUUUUUUAUUCUCACACAACUCUUGAUUUUCAUCGACUUUUUUCUCUGAUGUGGAUUACUUGGAGCUGACUCGCCAGGAUUAAAAAAAGGAUAUUGUGUUUUUACUGAAAGCUAUGGUGGCUUACGAUGAACUGGGUAGCUUGGUGCCUAUCAAACGGACUCUGCAAGUGAUAGACUACCAGAACCAAGCAAACAAAGAGUCAGAGGAACCCAGCAACAAGCGUGUCCGUCCUCUCGGCAGGGUGACGUCGCUAGCCAACCUCAUUUCUCCGGUGAAGAAUGGGGCCGUCCGGCGCUUCGGCCAAACCAUCCAGGCCUCCUUCCGGGGCGAUGGAAGGUCGCCGGGCGUGCCCCAGAAGCCUUGCAGCAAGGCGGCAGCCCCAACACCGCCUAAAAGGAGGAACAGCACUCUGUGGUCAGAGACACUAGAUGUCCACCAGAAAGGAACCUUCUCCACCAAAGAGAUCAAGCGGCAAGAGGCCAUAUUUGAGCUGUCUCGUGGAGAGCAAGACCUGAUUGAGGACCUCCAGCUUGCACGCAAGGCGUACCAUGACCCAAUGCUGAAGCUCUCCAUUAUGUCCGAGGAGGAGCUGACUCACAUCUUCGGCAACCUCGAUGCCUACAUCCCUCUGCACGAGGACCUGCUGGCCCAGCUCUCCAAAGCCACAGGGCCAGAUGGAACUGUGGGCCAGAUCGGUCAGAUUGUCGUGAGCUGGCUGCCCAGACUUAAUGCUUACAAGGAGUACUGCAGCAAUCAGCUGGCAGCCAAGGCACUGCUGGACCAGAAGAAGCAGGACCGGCGGGUGCAGGACUUCCUGCAGCGCUGCCUGGAGUCACCCUUCAGCAGGAAGCUGGACCUGUGGAGCUUCCUGGACAUCCCACGCUCCCGUCUGGUCAAAUACCCGCUGUUGCUCAAAGAGAUAUUGAGACACACUCCGUCAGAGCAUCCAGACGCUGCCAGCCUGGAAGAAGCGAUCACCAUCAUCCAGGGCGUCCUGUCAGACAUCAACAUGAAGAAGGGAGAGUCUGAGUGCCAGUACUACAUCGACAAGCUGGAGUAUCUGGAUGACAGACAGAAAGACCCUCAUAUCGAGCAGUGCAAGAGCCUGCUGUGUCACGGGGAGCUACGCAACAAGAGCGGCACGAAGCUGCACGUGUUCCUGUUCACCGAGCUGCUGGUGCUGACCCGCCCCGUCACAAGGAACGAGCGCCAGUGUUUCCAGGUUUACCGGCAGCCGAUCCCUGUGGAGGAUCUGGUUUUGGAAGACCUGCAGGAUGGAGACGUCAGAAUGGGCGGCUCCUUCAGAGGCGCCUUCAGCAACGCAGACAAAGCCAAGAACAUUUUCCGUGUGCGUUCCCAAGACCCGAGCCAGGCGCAGUCCCACACGCUGCAGGUUAACGACGUCUUCCACAAGCAGCAGUGGCUCAACUGUCUCCGUAGCGCCAUCUCCGUCCACCGGCCCCUCAGCGAGCCCGCCACGCCAAGCACGCCUACGGCAGACGCCCGCUCAAAGCGCCGCCCUUCCUCCGCAUCCGCCAUCGUCCACAUGGAGGAAACGGACGAAAACUGCCCGCAGCUGACAUCUCAGUCUGCCCCCAGCUCGCCGUGCAGCAGCAGCAGCAGCACCAGCUCAAGCCCCACGACGUCGUCCCCUUCCUCUUCCCGCUCCCCAUCUUUGUCGACGACGUCAUCAUCGUCGUCAUCGCCAGUCUCCUCGCCCACAACACACAAAACCAAAAAGGACAAGAAGUCUCUGUGUUCUUUAGGGAAGAGAAAAGAGACUAUGGUGUGAACUGUGAUAAAAGGAGAAAAAUGGACUCCUGAGCGGACAUGUUGGGUUUUGUACAUAAAAACAACAACGCUGCAAAGCGUGGGACUUGUAUUUAUGUGUGUCUGCGUGUGUGUGUAUUAUUACAACAGUGUUCUGUGUUACUGUCCACUUCGGCAGCUAUUUACCUUACCCCUCCAUUCAAGUGCAUCCACAGAGAGACAGUAUUCUGGAGAGAAGUGCACGGCUUCAAUGGCUCUAAAAAGGGAAACAUAGCGAAGAGCAAACACAUAUUUCACACAAGAACCUGUGUCAUGUGUGUUCUUAAAGAUUCGAGGUGGUGCAUCCAAUCCUGUUUACUAUUAAUUUGAUAUUUAAGCAUUAUUUUAGAGGGGAGGUAAUGAAAGUUUUACAUUUUUAUAUCUAAAUUUUAUUGUAGUAUUUUUUUAGGUAUCAUAAAACAGCACUGUUUUAGCUUUUAGGUGAAGUAAUUUGAAAUUUUGAGCAUGUAUAGGAGGGAAGAAAGGAGAAGAAUUCCCAAAAAAGUAAAGAUGUGCUACACAAAGCUACAAAUUUCUCUGUAAAAAAUCUGAUUUUUAAAAUAAUCAGAAGACAUGUCUUAUUUUUAUACAUUCCUUAAAUGACAGAUGUUAGGACCCGGCCACUAAUUUUUAUAUUUUUUACAUUUACUACAGUCAAAGGCAUUAAGUUAAAUCCAAUCACAGUUGAGAUUGAAGUCUCUUACUGUUAGAACAAAGACAUCUCUGUGGAGUAAUAACUAAUCAUUGGAUGUCAAAAUCAUGUCAUAGAAGCAAUGAUGAGUUUUGUUUUGAAACGAAAUUUUGAACUGAGCCAUGUUGGGUUUUUUUCUUUCUUAAGAAAAAAAAGCUGACUCUUCAGAGUGAAACAUCACUUUUCAGUGUAGCAUCUUGCAUGGAGAUUUAGUUGUGGACACUGCUUGCAGCACUAGAGGCAGCAGGAUGUAUUUACCUUGUCCUGAUGGACAGGACAGUAUGUAAAGGACCGAUCGAUGGAAACAAGAGAAUGUUGUUUGAAAGCUGAAGAGAAAUGAGAAAAGAUGGAUAAAGCUGUUUUGGAACUGAAAAGAAAUGGUUAAUGCAAGACGUUUAACUCCAUCAACUGUUUGUAGAAGUUGAUGUGAUACCUUGCUCAUAGAUUGAUGAUGGAUGGUAAAAAUCUAGUGAAGGUUAAUAUAUGGAUAAAAGUACGUAGGGGAAGGGUGAAGAAGAAAAAGAAAGUUUGUGUAUGUGUAUGUCAAGACUUGUGUUGAAAGUUGGAAAAAGAGAAGAGAAAAGAAAACGGCAAUUCACUUGCCGUGAACUGUAUGUAAUAAAAGAACAAUAAAGAUCUGUGUAAGAUUUGCAUCUGAA